UGCCGUCAGAACGGCCUUUUAAACACAGGAGGAGCUUCGCUGAAAGAUGUGCAGAAGUUCAUCAGAUCCGCGAGCAACAUCCCAAUAAAAUCCCUGUCAUCAUCGAGCGAUAUAAGGGAGAAAAAAACAGCUUCCCGUGUUGGACAAAACCAAAUUCUUGGUCCCGGAUCAUGUAAAUAUGAGCGAGCUGGUGAAAAUCAUCAGACGUCGACUGCAGCUGAACCCAACCCAAGCUUUCUUCCUGUUGGUGAACCAAAGGAGCAUGGUUAGUGUCUCCACCGCCAUCUUGGACAUCUAUGAACAGGAGAAGGAUGAGGAUGGCUUCCUCUACAUGGUGUAUGCAUCCCAGGAAACCUUCGGCUAA